ACUAAGACACUCCAAGAAUAUGAUGAAUAAUGGUAGUAAUAUUAUGAAGUGGUUAUCUUGGUAUGGUAUAGGAGGUAUAACUGGUUAUAUAUACCUUAUUAAUGAUGAUAAUAGUCUGAGAUGUGCUGAGAAGGAUCCACCAUCACCACCUGAUUGGCCCUUCUGGUUUAAGGCAUUUUCCCAUUGUCAUGAUAUACCAUCAUGUAGAAGAGGUUAUGAAGUAUAUAGACAAGUAUGUGCUACUUGCCAUGCAGCUAGGUUUGUAUGCUUUAGGCAUAUGGUUAAUACGAUAUACCCUGAGAAUAGAGUUAAACAAUUGGCAGCUAGUUUUGAUUAUGAAGAUGGUCCUAAUGAUAGAGGUGAGAUGUUUACCAGACCUGGUAACCUUCUAGAUCCUUUCCCAUCACCUUAUCCUAAUGAGGAGGCUGCUAGGUUUGCUAAUCAAGGAGCAUCUCCGCCAGAUCUAUCACAACAAGCUGCUGCUCAUCAUGGUGGCUGUGAUUAUAUUAUGUCCUUACUAACAGGUUAUCGUGAUCCACCAGCUGGAGUAAGUCUACGUUCUGGAUUAUACUACAAUACAUAUUUCCCAGGAGGAGCUAUAUCAAUGCCACCACCACUUAAUGAUGGUGCUAUUGAAUAUGAAGAUGGUACACCAGCUGUAGCAUCACAAAUGGCUAAGGAUGUUUCACAAUUCCUAACUUGGGCACAAGAUCCUCAACAUGAUGAAAGGAAGCUUAUUGGAUUAAAGAUGUCAACAGCUGCAUUGGUAUGGUUAUUCAGUAUUAGUGUAUGGAAUAGGCAUGUAUGGACUAUGAUCAAGACUAGACGUAUUGACUUUACUAAGACGGUCUAUUAACAACAACUAAUAGUAACAAUACUAUUAAUAGUCGUCUUCGUCGUACAAGUGUUGCCUAUAUGGCUUCACUAUUAUCAACACUAUUGAUCAUCAUCAUCAUCAUGGUUGUCAUUGCCCUCCGU